UUUAUAUAGUCAACCAGUAAAACGCAUAUUGUCAAUUUUGUGUCACAUAAGCUUUUUGCUUUAAUUUGAGGAAUAUUUUUAAAAAUAACUGAAUUAUGGAGGAUAAUGAGGAACUACAAAAAGGUAGUAAAGAAAAUGUACCAAAACCUGAAGCCAGUGCCGAAGCACCUGGAGUUCCAGAUGAAAAAUCAACUGAAAUAAAACAGAAUGAAUCUCGAGAAGUUCCAGAAGCUGAAGAACCGCAUCCUCCUACAAAGGAAACGUCUCGUGAAGUACCGCAAAUGACCGAAAUCGAUCCAGAACCUACGGCAGAACCGGAAGCCUUACCGGCCGAACCCGUACCCGAACUUCCUAUAGAAGAAAGGCCUAAGGCAGUAUCCCUUGAUGACCCAUCGGCACCUCAGGAAGAAAGGCGCUCCUCGAAACGGAUGUCUACCGAAAAGGGACAGGAAUUGUUUAUACCGCCCGGCGGUCGCGACCGCCGUUCAACCGAUAUUGGUGCCGUAGAGAGUAAAUACGGAUUUGCAAAAGCGGCCAAACUUUUUGCAGCACCCAAGGGCAAGGGUUUGGGAAGCGUUUUGGAUAUCAAAUCCAACGUUGCCGAUGCUUACGAUAAAAAAAGCACCCGGUAUCAGAACACUUACAGGCUGGAAUCGGAGAAUCCGUUUAAUCCGCAAAAAGUCGACAAGAUUCUAAAAGAUGUCAUGGAAGAGGCACUGAAUAAUCUCCAGUACGACCCUGACAAAUGUCCGAGCCAAGCGAAAUGGGCGGUCACCCAAAUCCGCACCAAAGUCAAGCAGCUGGACUUUGACCGGUAUAAAUUGGUUUGCAUCGUCACGAUUGGCGAGAAAAAUUCUCAAGAUGUCUAUUCGACUUGUAGGUUCCUAUGGGAUGCUGAAAAAGACCGUUAUGCAUACUAUUCCUUAGAGAACACUUACGUGUACGGCAUAGCGUACUGCUUUGGACUUUAUUAUGAAUAAUUCAUAUUAUGUAUUAUAUUAAUAGAUAUUUAUUUAAAGACGAAUUUAUACAAAAUAUUUGUUAUAGAUAAUUUUACAUUAUUGUAAUA